AACUUUAAUUAUUAUUGCAGGAAUUCCGAUGGUUUACGCGUUCAAGAAUUCCGUGGCAGGAAACACAAAUAUUCCGUACGUGCCUGUGCCUUCUUUUGAUGGUAAACAUAUCCAAGUCACGUAAGCUGGUUGGAUGGUUGCAGGGAAUAUUCUUUCCCAGGGGACUUGGCUUUAAAUGUUUUAACAUCUUCAGUAAUUAACGAACUAUAUAUAAUACAUGAAGAAGAAAGUUUGAACUUUGAACUUUCCCAAAAAAGGUUUCGUAUAAAAAGUUUCUCCUUCAAGCUCAAAAGCAGUACAAGAGAUCAAGGCAGAAAUAUUCUUAAUGGUAAUAUUCCUGUCUACCUGGAAUUGCUUUGGAUUGAACAUCCUCAAGAAGUCAAUGAUCCCUUCAUCCAAAUAAACUAUUAACUUGAACUACACGAAAAUCAAUCUCAACAAGAAUUCUAUUUUUUCCACCCAUUUAAAACAAGAUGGCGAUGAUAUAGAACAUGAUCAACAAAAACCUGGCAACGAAAAAAAAAACAGGAAGUAGUGCAAAAAAGAAACUUGAAAUGGAGACCUCUACGUCAGGCAGAGAAGGUAAAGCAGAGAUUGUGUUCUUCGACAUGGAAACAACGGUACCCAACAGAGGUUGGAAACGGUUCUGGGUGUUGGAGUUUGGAGCAAUAGUGGUUUGCCCGCAUAAACUUGUUGAAAUAGAGAGCUAUAGCACGCUCGUGAGACCCAAGGAUUUGUCAGUGGUGUCAUUGAGGUCCGGACGAUGUGAUGGAAUAACUAGGAAAGUUGUUGCAAAUGCACCGGAUUUUGAAGAUGUUGCAGACAAGAUAUUCAGUAUUCUGAAUGGCAGGGUGUGGGCAGGCCACAACAUUCGAAGAUUCGACUGCAUUCGUAUUAAGGAGGCCUUUGCUGAGAUUGGAAAGCCUGCACCACAACCAGCGGGGAUGAUUGAUUCUUUAGGGGUCUUAACCGACAAGUUUGGCAGAAGAGCUGGAAAUAUGAAGAUGGAAACAUUGGCUGCUUACUUUGGGCUUGGGCAGCAAAAGCACAGGAGCCUCGACGAUGUCCGGAUGAACUUGGAAGUCCUCAAGCAUUGUGCAACAGUGCUAUUCUUGGAAUCAAGUCUCCCAAGCGCAUUGCAUGGCAAGUGGCAGCUGGGCUCUUCUACAGUUAUGACACGAAGUAGAACAAAUGGAAAAACAUGAUUGCCUUGCAGAUCAGAAGAAACUAACCGGAAAUCUACCCCAACCUGCACUGGAUAUGAGAGAGCAUGCAAUAGUACUUCCAGCUUAUACAUGCGGUAGUUUGCAUGGAAAAAUGUAUAUAGUACUUUUAGUUACACUUUAAUUUCUUUAAUUGGUAUGUAAUAUAUAUAUAUAUAUAUAUAUUUAUAUAUAUAUACACAUCGUGCAAUAUGAUUAAUCAUAUAUUGUUAUAAUU